UCUCAGAGUUUAAGUCAGAUAAAAUGCGGAAGCCACUGGUGUCUCGAGUAAAAUGCUGUCUACAGAGUAUAAAUAUGGCUCCACCUAUGUGUUCACCUUAUUUUGAAGUCAUAAGUGCUCAGAUGCGUUUCCAGUUGUGAAUUACGUCUAGAUAGGAGCAGCAAGAGGAAGAUGAGUAAUUUUAGCCAGCAAAUACUGUGACUGAUGGGGUUUUCUUCACCGUAGGUGGUGAAAUGAUCUAUUGUAUCCUUUUAAACUUGAUCAGAUUCUGUAGGACUCAAAAAUUGGAAAAUGUGUCUCUGAAACCUUUUCUCCUCGGUCCUCUUUUCACCUUUCUCGAAUAGAUAACUUACGGGAACAUUGAGAACUAAGUAUGCCCAUAUUGAUGAUUUUACUGAUUGCCCUGACGAAACAAAAAUGAUUGAUGAUCUUCAUUCUGUAUGCUUUGCAACAUUUUACUGGGGGAGAUUUCAUUUCACAGAAAUUUUUUUCAGGUUAUGCUGUUGCUGAAGGAAGACCAGUAAGAGAAUCACGGCUGCCUUGCUGUGGUAUUGGAGUUGGAUGGUUUCUGUUUAUCCUUGGCUUCUUCCUUGGUGCCAUCCCUUGGUACAUUGGACUACUUCUUCUUGUCUGUGGAAGGAUAGACUACCGGGAAAAGCCUGGAUAUAUUGCUUAUACAAUUGCGGCAAUCCUGGCAACAAUUGCAAUUGUCCUUGGUGUCACGAGAGAAGCCGAUGAUUGUUAACAUCAUAGCAAAUGGCCUUAAUAGGUAUCUGAAAAUGGCAUGGUUCAUGCGAUCUAGCUGGUGACUACAUGAACAGAUGGGGCCAUCACGUUAUCAACUGUAAUUAAUCACAAAUUUUCCUUCUGUCAGGUGAGCAAGGAAAACAGCGUGAUUGUGUUGGUCCGAGAAAUCCAUGUUUUGGAAUUAUUCCUAGUUUUCAAGGAUCUUUUUGUGGAAUUAAGAACAAGGUUCUCC